AUGUCCUCCCGACACCCAACCCGCCCACGGCGCAUCGACGACGCCCUCUCCCAACUAAUCGACUCCCUAACACCACCCCUCACCCUCUCCAACCUCUCACCCGAAGCAUCUUACUCCCAAGACCCCGAAGCCCUCCUCGCCGCCGCCGAAGAACGGCGCCACCACGAGAACCUCCAACGAGCAUGGCAUGUCGUCGACGCGCACGCAACAACACCCGCUAACAACGACCUCAACUCGCCCAUCGGCCCCGCGGGAUACGGAAUCCACCGCCGGGGCAGUCUUGCGGGGGAGAACAUCAACAACGCGUCUGAUUUGAUUAAGCGGAAGCUGUUGAGGGAGAAUGCGAGUCCGGAUAAGGCGGUGAGGUUUUCGAAUUUGUAUUCGAGACUGCUUACGCAGCCUGUAUUGUCGCAGAAAUGGGCGAUUCUGUUUCUUUUGUACCGAUUGUCUGAGGACGAGGAGUCUAUGGAUGAGGUGAUGUUUGGGGAGGUGGAGGAAGGGAAUCGGAGUCCGCUGAUGGAAAAGGGGAAUUUGCAGAGUAUGUUGCAGAGGGGGAGGUAUUAUUCGGAUGAAGAGGGGCCGGCGAUUAGCGAGUCUGCGUCGCAGAGGCCGCCGGCGCCAUCGACCAGGUUGGAGCGGCAUAGUUCGUUGCGGAGGCAGGAGUAUGAGCGUGAUAGUGACGAGUAUGAGAGGGCGAGGGAACCGCAGCCACAGCCCCGGCCGGCUCGUUCUCGUGCGAAUACUGGUCCUAGAGAGAUUCCUAUGGAGGAGCAGAGGCCUGUUUCUCAGCCGUCAACAGAAGAACAGCAGAAACUUGUGAAACCGCCAGAGCAGGGACUGCUGAGGGACCUGCCGUACAAUCUGCAGGGUCUGUCGUCUUCGAAUCUUGAGUUCUCAUCAUCGUCUACCUUGAAAAUACCCCCGACACUACCAAUUCCUAUAGUAUCACUGCUUAAUUCUCUGGCUGAGCCAUGUUUGUUGUACAGAGGUCUGUCGAGUUUCGUGGAUAGCUCGGAUGGGGGCUUGAUGAGCCAAAGUCUGCGCGCUGCCCUUUCUCAUGAACUUCGGUCAUAUUUGGGUCUAGUCGCGACGUUGGAAGGCGAGAUCCGCCGGGUACUGUCCAUCCCUAGCGAUACCGACGACAACGAGUCUAGGAGUGUGCUCAAGGGUGGAGUGACUUUAAAGCGAUGCGUGGUUUGGACGAGGGAUGCCACGAUGGCCCUGCGGCUGAUGAGUUUGAUUGUCGAGGAAGCUCAGAGCAAAAAGGGCGGCCAAUUGAUAUCUCUAAUUCAUGGUUUCUCAACGUCACAUGGCGACCCGUUCGUCUGUGCCUUUGCGGAGAAGCUACUGGCACACAUCACGCGCCCAUUUUACGAGAUGCUUCGACACUGGAUCUACGAUGGCGAGUUAUCAGAUCCAUUCCAGGAGUUCUUCGUCGUGGAGCCAGAAUUCCGACCAAGCACAGAUCCAAGGCGCAUUGCGACCAGCGUCUGGGAGGAUAAAUACAAACUAGACGACAACAUGGUCCCAUCAAUCAUCACGCAGGAAUUCGCCAAAAAGGUCUUCCUAAUCGGAAAGUCCCUCAACUUCAUCCGCUACGGCUGCGGCGACUCAGGUUGGGUCGAGGCGUACUCAAAAGAAACCUCCAAAGAACUACGCUACGGCGAUACAGCCAGCUUAGAAACAUCAAUCGACGAAGCCUACAAAACAACAAUGGCCCGCCUAAUCCGCCUCAUGGACGAGAAAUUCAAACUUUUCGACCACCUUCACGCCCUCAAGAAAUACCUCCUCCUAGGCCAAGGCGACUUCAUCGCCCUCCUCAUGGAAUCCCUAGCCUCCAACCUCGACCGCCCUGCAAACUCCCAAUACCGCCACAACCUAACUGCGCAACUCGAACACGCCAUCCGCGCCUCAAACGCCCAAUACGACUCCCCCGACGUUCUCCGCCGCCUCGACGCCCGCAUGCUCGAGCUCAGCCACGGCGAAAUCGGCUGGGACUGCUUCACUCUCGAAUACAAAAUCGACGCCCCCGUCGACGUCGUCAUCACCCCCUGGGGCUCAACCCAGUACCUCAAAGUCUUCAACUUCCUCUGGCGCGUGAAGCGCGUCGAGUUCGCCCUUGGCAGCAUCUGGCGGCGUUGCAUGACCGGCGCACGAGGCGUCCUGGGCGCUGUAGACGAUAAAGUCGGAUCCGACUGGAAACGCGCGCGUUGCGCAAUCGCAGAAAUGAUCCACUUUGUCAACCAGCUCCAAUACUACAUCCUCUUCGAAGUCAUCGAGGCAAGCUGGGACCAGCUGCAGACCGCCAUCUCCAAGCCCGGCUGCACCCUUGACGACCUCAUCGAGGCACACACCAAGUACCUCAACUCCAUCACCCACAAGGGCCUCUUGGGCUCAACCUCCUCACUGAAAAAAGACCCCUCCACGGGAAAAGAAGAAGGCUUCCUCACACAACUACACUCAAUCCUCAAAAUCAUGCUCGCCUACAAAGAUGUCGUCGACGGACUGUAUUCCUUCUCUGUCGCGGAAUUCACCCGCCGGCAGGAACUCAGCGCGAAGAUCGAGAACCGUACCGCUCAGGGCCGCUGGGGCGUUUCUGAACAUAACAAUCUCGACAACGCGCCUGGCGGAGAACUCCCGUCGGACGACCACAUGCUUCCGUCGCUGCGUGCGAGACUUACAGAUUUAAGUGCGGAGUUCCGCUCGAGGCUGAACAUUCUUCUUGGUGAUCUUGCGUACCAGCCGGAUGUUGAUAUGCGGUUUUUGGGUGUUGUGAUGAACUUUAAUGAUGUUUAUGAACCUGUUAGACGGAGACGGAUUCCGGCGUCGAGAGAAAGAGAGAAAGAAAAGGAGAAGGAGAGAUUGAGGCGCAAGGCGGCCGUCGUUAAUGCUGCUGCUGGUAAUGGUGGUAAGAGUGCUGGAGCUAGUACUGUUGGUGGGGAGGGUGCGAAUGCAUAG